CAAGCUUCAUGUCUUUGUUACCCUAUAAGUAUAUAUGAUAGCCUGGCCUUCAGCAAAUUCACUUUGCUCCACCGAAGCAAAAGCUUCAAAACUACAGAAAUACCUCAAACAUCACGUUUAAAAUCUACACAAAAUAAUACAUCUCACCAACACAACCACAGACAAUACCCCACAGCCACCACCCACCAUGCAGCUCACCAACUACCUCCCCUUCCUCGCCCUCCUCACUCCAGCACUCAGUGCUCCCGCCCUCGUCUCCACGCGCCCCACCCCCCUCCUACCCAUGUGCACCCAGCAACUCAACCCCCAAACAUGCACCCUAAACUGGAACACCAACACCAUGGCCGUCAACAAUGACCUAUCCAACAUCAACAACCUAGUCGCCUACGCGCGCGCAACCAUCUAUUCCAAUACCUGCGUCCAAAUCGGCGGUGUCACCAAUGGACUCGUGCAGAAUGUUUAUGUGGAUGCGGCUGGCUGGGAUCAGUCACUUGUUCUGCAGAAUGUGUUUGAUGAGACGAGGGGUUUUAAGAUUCCCAGGUGGGUUUUUGGAGGAAAACGGUAUUCCGUUGAUGAUUGUGCUUGUUUUGAUGGGCCGUUGUUGGGUGAGCCGAAGGAUACGCAUGUUUGUCAGUGUCGGUUUGAAUGUGCUUAAUUUUACCAUUUAUUAGGUGAUUAGGAGGGGGAAUUAGGUUUUUCGCUACUCGCACUUUUUUUAUCCUUGUUAGGUCGUUUGUUUUCCGUUGUUGUAUUCCUUUCAUGUAUUUUUAUACUUCUUUAUAUAAGAAGUAUACCACACUCAUUAGGCUCUUAGGUUCUUUCUUUUUUACUUCUUUCUCUGUAAAUACAAUUAUUUUCAGCUAUUUGAAUCUAUACUCUAUGCUAUGACCCAUGCUCCGUGAGACUAUAAUGGAUUCUUCUCCUAUUUGACCCGUCUACUAGGUAACUUAAGUGCUUUUAAGUCUUAGAUCAUUUUUCAAUCAACCCUAUUCCCCAUCCCACAAUCUGCAUCCACAACCUAAACAUCAUUUAAAAUAAAGAUAAAAACCAAUCC